AUGCUAGACGAGCAUAGGCCUGAUGCAUCGCAUGCCGGCAACCUUGUCGACAGUGAGCCAAGGCAGUUAGCACCAUCUACUAUGCUUCCGGGCCCACGCGAUUCUCUUUUGCUUCCUACCGAACCAUUGCAACCACGAAAUCCAAGUUCAUUACAGCUACCCUCGUUAUCCCAACAACAUCCGGCUGCUCAAGAUGGAAUCGUUGCCCAACUUCAAUCUUCGCUGCAGUCUCAGCUCCAUGUCCACAGCCAGAUACUCGAGGAGCAAAGACAAGAAAUCGAGAACCAGCGACACCAGAUGGCACGCAUGGACAGCACGAUAGAGGCUCUGCGUCACGAACAGAGAACCAUCUAUGCCGUUGUUGACGAGAUUAGACAUGAAUUGCGAGCACGUCCGGAACAGCAACAUCCCGAUAAUAGUGAGGUCGAUAUCCUGACUCAAGAAGUUCAGAAGAUUUCGGCCAAGUCGAACGAGAUUGCUGGUCUUAGGAUGCAGUUGGACAUCCUGAGGAGCCAGGUGAGACGUCUCGAGCGUCACGGGUCUCCCGGAGCCAACAGUGCACCUUCGUCGGAGCACAUGGGCCACGAUCAGGUGAGCCAUGCACCACCUCCGGUAGCUGGAUUCGUCACAAGCACGCCUUCUGCACUGGACCAAAGACCAUUGCUCUACCAGACACCAAUGGAGAACCGGCUUCCUGCUCCAAUCGCAUCUAAUAUUGAACUGCCUGAACCCCGUGUUCAAUCAGAGUCGCGAACACUUCCCGGUAUUCGCUCGAUCGAUCCCAAUACGCCCAUCUCUUCAUGGCGUCCUGCUGGCGCGAUCGCUCCUCCACCCUCGGGUCCUAUGGUAGGAUCCUCACCACAGAUUGAGGCACCAGCACCUGGUAGUGGAUGGGCGGCAGUCAAUGCAAGCACUGUACCGAAGCGCUUGAUCUCAGAGCCGUCCUUCGAGUCAGCGACACCCGGAUCGCCCAAGAGACAGCGAUUGGCCCCUCUGAUGCCUCGAACCUACGACCAGCAAAGCCCCGCACAGGGCUCAUCGCCUUACCAAUCUGUCUCUGGUGAUUCACUGCCUACAGUGCCUACUUUACAAUCAACACAGAAUCCGUCCAACGAAUCUGCUGGAAGUGUGCCUCCACAACCCAACCCUCUGCGUUUCGUCCAGUUCGCAUCAGGUCUGGAAUCUACACCUGAGGAUCAGUGGCGCCAGGGACCCGGAUCACUCAUCGACAGGGGGCGAGGCAGCCCAAGAAGAGCAAGAGGAGGAAAAAGACUCGGUGGACGCAAGAGUGGAGGUGCAGAUGGUGAUCGCGCUACACCAGAAUGGGAGGCGCGUCCUGACAGUGUACAAAUACUCAACCCUUCAGAAUCACAUGGAGGACCGGUACAAUCUGCUGAGCAGCCGAGCGAGACAACUGCUGGCAUGUACCCCGACCCGCAUUUCAUGCCCAUCACCACAACUGCCGACGUAGCCUCCUCGAACCACCCGACCAAGAAGACCCGCACCAAGCCUGUACGCAAUGCAGACGGUGUCUUGAUACGCAAGGACGGACGGCCCGAUAUGCGUAGUGUGAGCAGUGCCAUGAAUCUUAAAAAGGUACAUGCAAAGAAAGAGGCGGAACGGGCCAACAACAAGGAGACUCCCGCUCUUUCUGAAGACACAAACCACAGAUCCUAUUCGGCCUCCGACCACGAUGCAGGGGAAAUGAGCGCUGCCAGUCCAAGCAUUGAUGAGCACGCUACAGAUGGUGACACGAGCAUUCUGGAUCGUCACCAGGAGACCAUGCGUAAGGUUUUCCCUCAUGGCAUCGAGAAUACCGGCGUACAGAGCAUGGCGCAACAAUUCUUCCCGAAACUGGACGACACCCGCGCUGCGCCAUCGGUAAAGAUUGAAGCCAUGGUUGAAAGCGACACCACAAAGGAAGCAAACCGGGGACACGAGGGACCCAAACCUCUGAUCGAUGGGGAAAGAAGCAUGGUCCACCACACUGCAGGACGUGUGGAUGUCGAGAUGAACGACGCUAAGUAG